GGCUUAGGUUAGGGUUAGAUACAAUUGAAAAAAUGUUCAGGUACAAAAUUGCUGGUCCUCAUGUUGAUUGUAAAACUUGUGGGUGUGUAUGUGACAACAGUAGGCAGGGAUUAAGACCAGCUAGCAUCUGGGUAUCUGGCACCAAGAUGGUCAUGUGUGAUCCAUCCCUCAAUCCCACAGCCAUCAGUUCCACAGACAGGCAGAGACCGAAGAUGGUUAGCUGCUGGGGAUGUCUGAGGAGGCUGUUCGUCAGACGCGCAGCCAGAAGAGGGCAAUGGGGAAGGAGGUCCCGUCCCCUGAUUCUGAAGCCCAUCCCAAUGAGUCAGACAGCAAGAAGCCCAAACUAGACCGGGCUGAGGCUAGAGCUCCGGACCUGGAUGAUCUGAGCUCAGCUAUUCCAGACCCACAGCCUGAAACCACAAACAAUGACCUGGACCAGGUGAAAUCUGUGGUGAAAGCCCCGGAACUACCCCGGUUAAGAUUACCAUUAGAGUUAUCGUCCCAGCUGGCGAAGGAGCCAGACCAGGACCUGGCCCCAAAACGGUCAGAACCAAGCUUAGACCUCCGGACUGAGCGGAAUGAUCCCAGCGAAGGGGUCAGGGUGAAGAGUGAGGUUCCUCUAGAUGGGCAGAACUGGGCCGUGUGGUCAGAACCAAAGGUGGCCAGUGAUACGAUGCCAGCAACAGAGGUGAAGGCUACCAUUAAAGUGGAGGUCCAGUCAAGAGAGCAGGCGCUGGACAUGAGCACCUCUAGAGGUGCCGUAAAAAGAGAGAAGCGCCCCCCAUCCCCAGAUGAUGAUGUCAUUGUUCUUUCGGAUAACGACUCCUGCAGUCCACCAUUGAAUGGCUUGAACCACUUCAAGGAACUGGACACAGACCUACUAAUGAAGAGCAGUCCAGAGGAGAGGGACUGCAUCAUAAAGCAGCUGAAGGAUGAACUGAGGCUGGAGGAAGCCAAGCUGGUCUUAUUGAAGAAACUGCGACAGAGCCAGAUACAGAAAGACACACUGCAGAAGCCCUCAGGAUUGUCGGGUUCUGCGCCUCCAUCUCUGAUCCGGGCAUCCAACCCAGCCAGUAAAGGCUCCCAGCAGGUGGCGUCAAGCAGGAGUUCAGGCACUGUCAUUCCUCCUCCUCUGGUGAGGGGCGGGCAGCAGAUCUCGUCCAAACAUGGCUCCCACAAUUCCCAGAUUAUCAUGCCACCACUAGUCAGAGGAGCACAGCCAAUCGCUGUGUCUCCCCAGCAGAUCCAGUCUCUCCGGCAGCAACAGCAGCAGUCAGGAACUGGCUCUGGGGGUUCCGGCCCCCCUCCCCUGCUGCUGGCCCCCAGGGCCAAUGUGUCUGGCUCCCAGGCACAGAGAGGCCUCAUGCAGUCAGGCCUCAUCAGAGUGGGGAAUGUCAACAAUGCCAGUCUGCUAGUCAAUAUCUCACAGGCCUCCCCAACCAACAUGAAGGGUUCUCCUAUGACCUCUCAGUCCGGAAACAGCAGCGUGUCUGUAGUCAAUGUCAACGACUCUCCUGCUGCCCGUCAGGCCGCAGCUAAGCUAGCCCUGCGCAAGCAGCUGGAAAAGACCCUCCUGGAGAUCCCUCCACCUAAACCCCCAACUCCAGAGCUCAACUUCCUGCCCUCUGCAGCCAACAACGAAUUCAUCUACCUGGUAGGACUGGAGGAUGUGGUGCAGAACCUGCUGGACUCCAUGAUGAGAGCUAAAACAGGCAUGCCCCCUGUCAAGCCUGCUGUCAAGGAGCCCUUUACCUGCACUCAGUGCAGUACCGACUUCACCUGCCGCUGGAGGCAAGACAAAGCCAAGGGUGGGGCCAUCCUCUGUGCGGACUGCAUGUCCUCCAAUCAGAAGAAGGCCCUGAAGGCUGAGCACACCAAUAGGCUGAAGGCUGCAUUCGUCAAGGCCCUGCAGCAGGAACAGGAGAUAGAGCAGCGGAUUCUUCAGCAGUCUGCCUCCCCCGUCUCUCACGCCACCCCUUCCUCCUCCUCAUCGUCGGUGAAGGUGGAACAUCUGGUGUCCCAGCAGUUGAAGCAGGCCCAGGCCAGGGCCGCCUCUUUGCAGCACAGCCGAGGACAGAGCAUCGCACGCCACCACUCCACCAACAUCAAACAGAGCCCCCUGGGCCAGCUGUCCCGUGGCGGUGUCCCAUCGGUGGGGGUGAGGGGGGUGUCCCACUCCUUCUCCUCCUCCUCCCAGCUGCAGAGUGCCGUGGCCGCUGCGGCCUUGGUCAGUCGGCCAGGUAAGCAUGCCCAUGUGCGCCCCGCUACCCAGAGUUCAAAGGGCAGCUCCAGUGGAAACAGCAGCAGCGGUAGUGUCCAGGCCACUGCAUGGAGGAAGCAGAACAACAUCAACACAGGUGUGACUAUGGCCUAUGUGAACCCCAGUCUGUCAGUCCACAAGACGUCAUCCACAGUGGAUCCUCGUCAGAGAGAGUACCUACUGGACAUGAUCCCCUCACGCUCCAUCUCCCAAACAGCUAAUACAUGGAAAUAAUAAUCUCAUACCCAUUACAUGAUCCUUUUAUCGAUAUCUACUGUUGUCAAUGCCAACAAUACAGUCAACCCCCCACCCCCCCCCACACAUUUGAGGACACUUACCGAAACGCAGCCUCAACAUUUUGAGGAGAAGCGUUCUCUUUUUUUGCGCAGUGUUUAUUUCUUUUUAUAUGGUUUUUCGAGUCUAUUGUUUCUUAUGAGGUUUACCGAUGUUUGAGCAGUAUAAACGGCGAUAUACACCGGAGCCAAAAGAAAAAUAUGCAUAGAAGGGCUUCCUUCCAUAUGUUUGUCAGCCAUCAUACCUGUGAAACCAUGAUGGUUUGUGCAUUGGUGUCUCACCAUGGAGAGGUCUUAUACAUGUUGGCUGGAACUAUGAUCUGAUUGGCCCUCUGUCAUCAUAGACAAACUGUUGGGGUUUGAUCAAGGUAAAAUGACUCACUUCCUUGAACUGUUUGCUUCAUAUUCAAGAGUACCUUAAAAAAGGCACAAAAAUACAAAAAGAUCUGAUCUCCAGUAAACAUUGUCUUUAAGUUAAAUUAACUGGAGUGAUGUUUUCAGUGCAUAACCUCCGUAGCAGAUUUGAAAUUUGUAUUUACAGUAAGUUAUUGGUUAUUUUUUCAAACUGAUGUAUAAAUGAAAAAAAUCCUGUCAUGUGUGGUUUUAACAACUGAAGAAUUUAUACCACCCUCAUACGCUUUUUUUAACUGAUGUUUUCCCCCCCUUUAUAUGUUAUUCAGCUAUUGGACAGAGUUGGACAGAGCUGCUCCACACUUCUUUCCAUUCAUAUUUCCCAUAUGCAGAAAAAGUAGAUCUCUUAUAUUUUUGUCUUUAGUCUCAGCUUUGGUUUUUAAUUGAGUUGCCCCCUUCAUAUUUGUAAAAAAAUAACAUGUCUGCUGUAAAGAGUACUAGUGGUAAAAUAAAGGCUGUCUGAAUUCCAUUCAAAACAAGUUUCGGUGGAAGAAAUCUGAUUCUCGACUCGGAGGAGUUAUAUUUCAGAUGUGUUUGGAUUACAGUACAUCUAUUUUGUUUUGCACUGCUGGUUAAUGUUCCUGAUUUAGUGAAUUUGUUAACUUUGUUCAGUUAUAAAAACAUAUGUUUUAAAAAUAUAAAAGUCAUAGCAUCAUUCAUUACAUGUACAUGUUUUGAAAAAGGCAUUGAAUAUGAAUUGGUUUAAUAUGCCCAAACUUUAACAGUGAUUGUUUUUGGACUAUUUUAACACAUUUUAGAAUAUACUAAAGUGAGGAGAGAAUAAAGGUUUAAUAUUGAACUUGUUCAUUG